CUAGCUAUUUGCGAACCAGACUAGAGAAAAAAAAUGGAGGAAGAAACCCUGAACCCUAAACCAGAAACCCUGACCUCUCCACCCAACAGUCACCACGAUGGAGACCAACCCAUGCCGGAUGCCGCUCGCCACAAUCCUAACUCCUCCGCCUCUGAUUCCGAUUCCGAUUCCGACUCCAGCUCCAAUUCCGGCGAAGCCCUCCAAAACAUGGAGCUUCAAACACUCGAAGCCGAGCUUGCGGCCAACCCCUCCAACUACGACGCCAAUGUCCAAUACAUUAAGAUUCUGAGGAAAACUGCCGACAUUGAGAAGCUCCGGGAAGCGAGGGAGGCCAUGAGCAAGGUGUUCCCGUUGACUCCGUCAAUGUGGAAGGAUUGGGCCGAGGACGAAGCUGCUAUGAGCUCCGGACCCGAGGCUUUCGCUACAGUCCAGAAGAUUUAUGAGCAAGGAGUUUUUGAUUAUCUGUCGGUCUCUCUUUGGCGUGAGUACUUAAAAUUUGUUCAAGAGAAUGACCCCUCAGUCAAAGAAGCUUCACCUGCUGGUAUUUCAAAGGCAAGAGAUUUUUUUGAGCGUGCUCUUACUGCAGCCGGUUUGCAUGUAUCUGAAGGCAAUAAGAUAUGGGAAGCUUACAGGGAGUAUGAGCAAGCUAUACUGCAUACUAUCGAUGGGAAUGAUGCUCAGGCUAGGGAGAAGCAAAUUCAGCGCAUUCGUGUUAUAUACCAACGUCAGCUAUCAGUUCCCCAUGUUGAUAUGAGAUCAACACUAUUGGCAUACAAGGCAUGGGAGAUGGAACAAGGAACCGUUGUUGACACUGGGAGCAGUGAUCAGGAUGGAAUUUCAACUCAUGUUGCCUCUGCAUUCCAAAAGACAUUGGACAUUUACAAUGCUCGUGUUCAUUUUGAAGAACUAAUCAGUCAGCAUGACAUGCCCGACCGAGAAAGACUAAAACAAUUCACGAAUUACUUGAAAUUUGAACAAUCUUCUGGAGAUCCUGCUCGUGUCCAAGUCCUGUAUGAACGCGCUAUAACCGAGUUUCCUAUAGAGGGUCAGCUGUGGCUUGAUUACACUCGCUAUUUGGACAAAACAUUGAAGGUUGGCAAAAUUAUAAGCAAUGUUUAUUCCAGGGCCAUUAGGAAUUGCCCUUGGGUUGGAGAACUUUGGGUCAGAUAUUUACUUUCCUUGGAACGUGGCCAUGCUUCUGAGAAAGAGAUAGCAGAUGUGUUUUCCAGGUCCCAGCAAUGUUCCUUUUCAACCCUUGAUGAGUACGUGGAUUUGUUUCUCACCCGCAUAGAUGGCUUAAGACGAAGACUCUCUUGUCCUGUUGAGGGAGAGCACACCUUGGAUUAUUCACUGCUAAGGGAUACAUUUCAGUUUGCAUCAGAUUACCUAUCACCACAGAUGAAGAAUACAGAUGGCCUGUUACAUUUGUAUGCUUAUUGGGCCCGCCUAGAGCUACAUCUGGGAAAAGAUUUAGUUGCUGCUAGGGGGGUUUGGGAAAGUUUACUGAAGAUCAGUGGUACGAUGAUGGAAUCCUGGCAAGGUUAUAUAGCAAUGGAGAUUGAAUCAGGCCAUGUGCAUGAAGCUCGGUCCUUAUAUAGGAGAUGCUACAGUAAGAAAUUUGCCGGCACUGGUUCAGAGGACAUCUGCUACUUGUGGUUGCGCUAUGAGAGGGAGUUUGGUUCAUUGGAUGAUUUCGACCAUGCAGAACGAAAGGUUGCUGCCCGUCUACAAGAGCUUCAACUAUUAAGGUCCAAGCAAGAAUCCAAAUUGACUGAAGUGAGGGAGAAUUCUUCCGAAAAGAAUGUGCGUGACAAGAGAAAGCAACCGUCAGAUGUAAGAUAUGAACAGCCUCCAGCAAAAAGGCAAAAAGAUGCGGGUCAAAAGACAAAGGAGUUGGAGGUGCAAAACUUAGUUGAACAAAAUGUAGGGAAAGAGAUGAAAGCCAAGGGUGUAAGCGAUGUACAAAAUGAGUCGAAAGAGUCUGUUCAAGAGAAAACAAAAGUAUAUGCUGACCAAUGCACUGCUUUUGUAUCAAACCUCAAUGUCCAGGCAAGUAAUGAAGAUCUUCGUAAAUUCUUUAGUGAUGUUGGAGGAGUUGUUGCUAUUCGAAUACUGAAGGACAAGUUCACUGGAAAGUCAAGGGGACUAGCAUACGUGGACUUCUCAGAUGAUGCACACCUUGCCGCAGCGGUGGCAAAAAAUAAGCAGACACUCCUAGGGAAGAAGCUGAGCAUUGCAAGAUCAGAUCCAAAGCGUGGCAAGAAAGAACAUGGGCAUACUGAUAAAAUCGGUGGAGCCAGUGGAUCUCGUGAGAUCUCCAGUGAACCUAGAGCACACCAAGGAAGCGAUAGUGUGAUUAAGGGGAAGAACACUUUUGCAGUUCCAAGGAAUGUUGCCGCACUUGGUUGGAGCACGAAUAAGCCAAAAACUGAGGUUCCAGAUGAUGAAAAGCCAAAAUCUAAUGAUGAGUUCAGAAACAUGUUCCUGAAAGGUUAGAGAGUAGAGAUAUGUUGUUGAGUUUAGGAGAUGCCUGUAAUCUGCGUUAGGGACAUGUAUGAAACCAACUUUUGCCACGCAUAGGGAUAGCUUCCAGUUCUGGAUGUAUGGAAAAAUGAAAAGGAUCUGUAUCAGCUACAGGAUGUAUAUGACAAUACAUUUGAUCUUUUUGACUUGGUUGAUUUUUGGUGGCC